AUGGUGUUGGCAGACUUGGGAAACAGACUUAAGGGGGCUCUUUCGUCCGUUUCAUCAGGGAGUGAUGACGAGAUCGCUGCCUUGCUUAAGGACAUCUCCAAUGCGUUGAUUGAGAAUGACGUGAACUUCAAACUAGUGUUUCGCCUUAAAGAGAACAUCAGACAGAAAAUCGAUACUGAUUCCUUCAAAUCAGAUACAGUUGCUAACAAACGAAAGAAGCUUCAAAAAGCCGUUUACGAUGAGCUUGUGGCCCUUGUGGAUGCUUAUGAAGAACCUCCUCAAAUCAAAAAGCUUUCUGCUUCCUCCACCACCGCCAAAGGCAAGAAAAAACUCGUUAAGAAACGAGAGUCUCAUGUCAUCAUGUUUGUGGGGCUUCAAGGUGCUGGUAAGACUACAAGUUGUACCAAACUCGCUGUUUACUACAAAAAACGAGGGUAUAAAGUGGGUCUUGUAUGUGCCGAUACAUUCAGAGCCGGUGCUUUUGACCAACUUAAACAGAAUGCUAUUAAGGCCAAUAUUCCUUAUUAUGGAUCAUAUCUAGAAACAGAUCCAGUCAAAGUGUCGGCCGAAGGUGUGGCGAAGUUUAAGGCCGAACGGUUUGAUAUUGUCAUUGUUGAUACUUCUGGUCGUCAUAAGCAAGAAGAAUCAUUAUUCUCCGAAAUGGUGCAAAUUAGUGAAGCAAUCCUCCCCAACCAAACGGUUAUGGUUAUGGAUGGAUCUAUUGGUCAAGCAGCCGAAGAACAAGCCAAAGCAUUCAAAGAAGCAUCCGAUUUUGGGUCGAUUAUCUUGACCAAAAUGGACGGGCAUGCUAAAGGAGGAGGUGCUAUAUCUGCUAUUGCUGCCACCAAGACUCCUAUCAUAUUCAUUGGUACGGGUGAACAUGUUGCAGAUUUUGAACUAUUCAAACCAUCUUCGUUUAUUUCCAAAUUACUUGGAAUUGGUGAUUUGCAACUGUUGAUGGACCAUGUUAAGCUGUUGAACUUACAAGACGAUGAGAACCACAAGAAAACCAUGGAACAUAUCAAAGAAGGAAAGUUUACUGUUCGGGACUUCCAGACUCAAAUGAACAACUUCAUGAAAAUGGGACCCCUAACGAAUAUUGCCAGUAUGAUUCCAGGAAUGGGUAAUUUGAUGGGUGCUGUUGGUGAAGAAGAGGCCAGUGCUAAAAUGAAAGAUAUGAUCUACAUCAUGGAUUCUAUGACUCAACAAGAGUUAGAUAGUGAUGGACUAUUGUUCAUCGAUGAGCCCGAAAGAAUUGUCAGAGUGGCCCGUGGUGCUGGAUGUGCUGUUAUUGACGUUGAAAUGGUUUUGCAACAACAGCAGAUGAUGAGCACCAUGGCCCAAACCGCCAAGUCUACCCAAGCUAUGGGAGGAGCUGGUCCUGGAGGCAAUGCCAAUAUGAGCCGGAUGAUCCAACAGGCACAGAGUAAUCCAAACUUCAUGCAAAAUAUCCAGAACAUGAUGCAAGGAAUGGGAGGUGCUGGAGGACCUGGAGGACCUGGAGGAAUGGCUGGUUUGAUGAAUAAUCCCAACGUUAUGGCCCAAGCCCAACAGAUGAUGCAAGAUCCAAAUAUGAUGGCUCAAGCACAACAGAUGAUGAGAAACCCUGGAAUGAUGCAACGGAUGAUGAGCCAAUUUGGAGGAGGAGGAAGCCCUUUUGGUUGA